AUGGAUAUUAUAAAGGGAAACUUAGAUGGAAUUUCAAAACCAGCCUCAAAUUCAAGAACACGUCCCGGGAGCAUAGGUCCAAGUACUUCUUUGGAGGUGCUCUCACCGGAACCAGCAUCCUUCAAGGUUGAUACUGCAAUCAAGUUGAACUCUGGUAAAGAGAACCACUCAGACAGCAGUAAUGCAGAGGAAAGUAGAAACAGUGUUGAUGACAGAGGGGAAAAGGACUCUGAGAAACCAGAAUUGGUGGAGGAUGGAUCAGAUGAAGAUCUGAACUUCAUUCAGCAUCAGACAGUCCCUGAAUGUUCAGAUGAACCUGAAUUAAAAGAAUUAGAUUCUCAACUUCAAGAUGCCAUUCAGAAGAUGAAGAGGCUUGAUAAGAUAUUGGUGAAGAGACAAUAUAGAGAAAAAGAAAUUAAGAAGCAAGUUCUAGACAUGAGAAUAAAGCUGUGGGAAGAACUUAAGUCUGCAAAAACUAGUGAAACUUUGCAAAGUAAUGAGGAGAUGGAAAAUACAAAAAAGUUCCUAGCUUUGACUGCUGCAUCAGAAGAAACUGUCGAUCCUUCUCAAUAUGAGCAUGAAGACACCUUUUUCUCAGUGUUUCACACUCAAGUCCCUCCAGAAGAAUAUGAAAACCGUAUACAGAAUGUUAAUCAAGAUUUUACCUACAAUGUGGGAGGAAACGAGUCAUUGAUCAAAGCAGAAAAGAAACCUUUUUCAAAUACAGAAAAGACUGAGCUCAGGGGUAAACACAGCCAGGAUUUUAUUAAGCGAAACAUUGAGUUGGCCAAGGAUUCAGGAAAGCCAGUGGUUAUGGUUGACAGAGAGAGGAAAAGGCUGACUGAACUUUUGAAGGACUUAGAUGACAGAGAUUCGGGGCUGUCCUGUCCUGAGGGCCAUCAGUCUGGCUGGCCGGUCCCAGGAGAAGGUUACACACUUGAGAUCACCCAGCACCAGCAGCUUGCUGAAAUUGACUCAAAGCUCCAAGAACUUUCUGCAGCCUCACCAACAACUUCCAGCUUUUCUCCAAGACUUGAAAACCAGAGUGAUCAGGAACCUGACCUUCAUGAUGAUGAUAGAAAUAUGGAAAUAAGUCCAGGAGAAAAGGUGCUUCGGAACACCAAAGAGCAACGGGAUCAGCAAAACCGGCUGAGAGAGAUAGAUGACAAGCUGAGGAAGCUGAAGGAAAAUAUGUUAGAUUCAACAUCACUUCUCUCUGAGGAACAGUUAAGGUGUCUUCUGGAUGAAUGCACACUCAAACAAAAGUCUAUGAUUGGACUUCCUUCAGAAAGAGAAAAGGAAGACAUUGAGGGUAUAACACCUGAGGUCCCUCAUCUUUCCAGAUCUAUCCUCUCUGAGCUCCUAAAUGGAUUAGAAACAAAGGUCGAAAGCACAGAGGUUAAAGAUGCAGAUAUGCCCGAGAAUGCGGAAUGUGAAACACGUACAGGCUACUAUCUCACCAAAGCCUUGACUGGGCAUUACAUGUCCCAGGCUCUUGUCAUCGAAGCAGAGAAUUUGAAAUGCCUCCAAUUUUCCGAGGACGAGGUUAUUACUGACACAAAAGACUACUUUAUGUCAAAGACUCUUGGCAUUGGAAGACUGAAAAGGCCCUCUUUCUUGGAUGACCCACUGUAUGGCAUCAAUGUGAGCCUUUCAUCUGAAGACCAAUAUCUGAAAGACAGCCCUCCAGAGAAACCAGAAACGGAUGAACAGGAGACUGAAGAUGUGACAGAAGAAUGGAAAGAAUCUUAA